GUCGAGAGAGGCUCAGGUAUCUAUCGAGGCGGAGCUCGACGCCCAUCGCUGCCGGUACCGACAAACGCGCCGGACGAAAUUGCGGAUCACGGAGGCAGCGAACGCCACGAAGAGAGAGAACCAGGCCGGACACACGGGUGGAUAGACAGGGAAAAAGAGAGAGAGUGCAUAAUUGAAGAAUUAAUAAGAAGUAAUGAAGACUGUGAUAUAACGCCGUCGCGAGAAGAAGAGAGAAGGGGCGCGUCGUGCUCGCGUAGAGUAUAUUGUGUCGUAUAUGUGUGCCGAUACGUUCGCUCGUCCGGAUCGACGCAACGUCCCGAAGGGCCGUGGAAGACAGCGAGGUGGCGUUUGGCGAGGAGGUUACGGCGAUUUCCAGCGGAGACGAAGCGGAAGACGGUCCGCGAGGAGGCGACUCACGCCGGUCGACGAAGCAGGGGAUUGCGAGGACUCCGUUUGGACAACGAACAGCUAAUCACGCUCGUGCACUUGACGGACUACAACGUCUACAGGAUUCCGAACGCGAAACGGUGUUUCGGCGCUCCCUUCGCGUGGGGCGCCUGCCUGAGGCCGAACAGCAACGCCGAAGCCGAAGACACGGAGGCUGGGGAGCCCGGGCUCAAGGUCAUCGCUUUCGACAGCGAAAAAUCACGCGCGUGCUGGCUCACAGCCAUGAGGCUCGCUAAGUACGGCAAACAGCUCCGCGAGAAUUACCGAGCCUUCAAGAACAAACAAUGUGAGCAAAACAGCAGCGGUAGCCCAAAAGAACAGUACAGCAGCUACAAUGUGUCCAACGAAUCUGUGCGAUCACGCGUGGCGAUGGACUUCACCGGCAGUGUGGGCAGGAUAGUCGAGGAUCCGAAGGAAGCCAAGGACAUAGCCGAAAACGAGGGCAUAAUCUGGCGACGGAGAUGGCGGCCGUUCUCGCGAACACCACCGGGCUGCGCCAUGGUGAGGUUGCAUGGCCUCGAUGGUGGUAUACACGUUCUUCAGCCUUGGUUCCACGGCGGCCUCAAGAGAGAGAUCGCGGCGGCUAUCAUAAGGGAUCACGGCUCCGUCGACGGCGUGUUCCUGGUCAGAGAGAGCAAGAGCAAUCCGGGAGCUUACGUGCUGACUUACAAGUACAGCGACAAGGUCUUUCACGCGCAAAUCCAGCCGGUUUUCGACGAGCGUCGCAAUUGCCUGCUGUACACCUUGGAUAAGGGGGCGACCAAGUUCUACGACCUGCUGCAGUUGAUCGAGUUUUAUCAGCUGAACGCGGGCUCGCUGCCCACCCGGUUAACCCACUACGUGCAGAACGGGGUGCCGCCGCCAAUGCCUAGGCCGGAAGACGGCGGCGCGUCCCCUUCGCCGCCCGAGGGCAGCCAGCGGUUCAGCGACAAGGCCGAGUGCGGCGGCAAUCCAGCGAGCAUUUGAGUAUAGGACAGUCGGCGACCCGCUGGUGUUGCCGACGACGAUCGCCUGCUCACCGCUCCCACUAUCGCCUCCGUCACCGUCACCGACAACAUGACACUCGUGCACCACGGCACCGAUAACCGCCUGGGUGAGCACGGCGACGACGACGACGGCGGCGACGGCGACGGAAACGGCCGCGACGUUCGCGCGACACGAUCGGGUUGCUGGAGCCUGUGUCUCUGCAGUUACAACAAGUGGGAUUUGUAGCGUGCGACCAGCAGCCGGACUGCCGGUACUCGGUGGUGCUGCUCAAGCGUGCGAAGAAGAAGAAGAAAACGAAGUGCUAGAGGAGGAGGAGGCGGAGAGAGGAAAGAAGAUGAGAAUGUUGAAUGCUUGAGCGUCUGACAUCCGUCGAGACAUCUUCGAGUCGCUAUUAUUUCUAUGCGGAGCGACUUGUAUGUGUUUGACGUCACUAGGUCGGCUGACCCGUGCAACAAUAAGAACGACCAAUUUGGGCGCGAGUUACACACAAUCGGAAGUAGUCGGGAGGAGAAGCCGCAGGAUCGCUGUCGUACGAAAUCAUCAUUCGUUCUCCUUCAUCAUUAUCGCCACCACCAUUUUGGAUUUUUCACGUUCUUCGUUGCCGUGUUCCGCUCAGCGCGCGCGGUCAGGCGUCGAUUGAAGGAGCAACGCGGCCGCCAUGUCCGCCGACAGCGAUCCUCACGCGGAAACAGAAACCUCUUCGAUGUUUUUAAUCGUGCGUUACUAUGUUAGUCGUGUAAGGAUCGGCUCGAUGAGACGGGGUCGAUCUUUGGUCCAUUUUGUCGUCUAGACGCGCAUCCCUUCCGCUCCCUUUUUCACCUGUAAGAGACACACACACACACACACACACACACACACGGCACCGCCGGUAUUCUUAGCGAUAAGUGCGUCUAGACGGUCGAAGAUAUUGUGUAAUCUGUUUUUUUUGUUCUUUCCAUUUUUCUACGUGUCCACAUGCGCGCGAACGCAUCGUGCGUGUGUAACAACAACAACUAGAUUUACCGUAACUACACGACGACAUCGACGUCGUUACCAGGUUAAUUCCGCGAAGAGAGGAAGGAGGAAAAGCGCGGUUACGCGCACGCGUAUGAGUGGUGCGUGUAUGUGUUAUGUACGUGCGAGAGUGUAAGAGAGUAUAUGAGCGAGAGAGAGGUCGAAUUGUCGUCGUGGAAUACGAUACAAUUCGCGCUACCAUGCGUCAGCAAUACGAGAGGAACACGAACAUGAAAUUUUCAGUCUUUCUGCAUGUGUAUGUGUGUGAGAGAGAGAGAGAGAGAGGGAGAGGGGGGGUGCGUGAGAGAGAAGAAAAUCGAACGAAAGGGAGAGAGAGAAUGAAAGAGAGAAAAAGUGUGCAAGUAAGAUUGAUUAAACGCGUGGUCUCCCCCUCCCCCACCCUUUUCUACCUUUUAUUUUAUCGUAUUCUCCUUUUUGGCGCGCGUUGCAUCCCACCAAAGCAUCUCUCUUCCGUUUAGUUGUUUUCUUUUUUCCGAAGAGAAUGCGCGACAGGGUGAACCGUGCCGGAGCACUAGCUACCACGACGUUUGUAGCCCGACGACGACGAUGACGAGCUUAAGCGACGAAGGAGAAUCGGAGUCGAGUCGAGGGAAAGAGAAGAGAAGGGUUGUACGAAGCGUUCGUGUUCCGUUUAUUAGCCGUAAGCUUUGUCAGACAAGAUCGAGAUCGCUCGAGGGAGCGUUGGGCGAUUCCAAGUAACGCGUUCAGGUGUCAUGAUUUAUUCCCGAGUCCAGGGUGUUUGAAAUUAAGCGAGGCAACUUCGUCAAUGAGGCAAGAGGAAGGUAAAUAGCAUAGGUUUUUUUUCUUUUUCACGUGGAGGCGCGUCGAGAGCGCAUCGCGCCUUAUGUUACAAAAUUGUUUUCCAUCACGGUUCGCCGUUCACGAGCCGUGAAAACGACGCAAAUCAAUGCGACGGUACGAAGUGGAAAGCACACACACACACGAACGCACACACACACACACACACACACACAUACUUUAAUGAAUCUAGGAGACACAAUACGAUUAGCGUAAGGGAUCCUCGACGCGUGCGUAUAUCGAGGACCGGGGAACACGCUCGCGGAUUCUCUUGGUAUUACGAUGCGCGUCGAAAGAUCCGAAAGCAUGUCCCCCGGCAGAUAUGAUCUCAUAUGUUACAGACGUUUCAGUUGCGCGAGGCAUUUGUUGGUUAACACAAAUUUGGAAAUGAAGUUCGAUUAAUUACUGUAAAGCUCUAUGCUAAGGAGAACGUAAACAUUGAAAUAAUGGAGCGAGAGAAAGAGCAAGAGGAAAAGCGAGAGAAAGAAUGAGAGCGAGAGAGGGAGAGAGAGAGAGAGAGAGAG